AUGGCGGCCUCACUCCCAACAAGCGGAGGAAAGCCAGUCCGCCCAAACCCUCUCCUUACGUCCUCCGUCUUCUUCUCGAUCAAGUACCCUUGACAGCGGACGACACCAAUGCAGGGUCAUAUAUUACCUGUGUAGAGUACUGGAACGGGAAUCUUUAUAUCGGCACGUCCACCGCAGAGAUCUUGCACUACGUCUGUCUUCCAUCAGAGCCCUCCGAUGAGUCAAGUGACCCGACCUUUAUCUUUGCCUCUAGGCUGUCCCUCCCGUCCUCAACCAGCUCACGGUCCACGAGCCAGCGUGGAGUUCAGCAGAUCGUUCUGCUACCGACGGUAAAGAAAGCAUGCAUCCUUUGCAAUGGCGUCGUCACCUUCUACAUGCUGCCGGAACUCAGCCCUGCUUUCCAGAAUACGAAUGUCAAUAAGUGUUGCUGGAUUGGUGGGCUCGAUCUGGACAGGACCCCAGACGAUCAAAAGGACCCAGUGAUCAUGGUUGCCUUCCACAGCAGGAUAAUGCUAGUAAGGAUCGGACAUGAAGUGCGGCCGAUGAGGCAUGUCGAAUUUCCAGGCUGUUUAGUAGCUUCUCGGAGGGGUACUAUUGCUUGCGUGGCUGAUGCGCUUUCAUACUCAUUACUUGACGUGGAGCAUAAACAGAAGAUCUAUCUGUUUCCCAUAUCUUCCUCCAGUGAGAUCUUUGACCCUGGGGAUGUAGACGACGUUGCAUCGGCAUCAUCACACAACACACUUGACAGGUCACCCUCCGCAGCUCACCAAAGCUCACCCACCGGGGACGGACGCAGCCAUAGCCGAAGUAGCAGUCUGAAUGCUUUUUCUGGAAGGUUACACUCAAACGUCAGCCAGUCGGAUAGGUCAGGCUCUGCGACUCCCGACUCUUUGGCCACGUCAGGGACAGCAGGGCAUACAGGCUCUCAGGGGCAAGAAAGGAGCGGUUCUCCCACAAAGGAUGCUGACAAUCCAGUCGGCAACGAUCAUAAACCACUCCCUGCCCUACCGAAGCAGAAUUUACCUCAGCUGAAGCCCCACAUUGUAUCCCCAACAUCGUCGGAGUUUCUACUUAUUACGGGGACUGGAAAGGAAGACCCUGGUGUUGGAAUGUUUGUCAAUACAGAUGGCGAAGUAGUCCCAGGUAGCACGAUGAAUUUUACCAGAUACCCGGAGUCUAUUGUUGUCGAUGGGGGAGAGGAGGAUAAUCGAAUGCGGGUCCAAAAUGAGACUCCAGAAAACUUCGUCCUUGCUGUUGUUGAGGUGGAGCAAAAUGGAAAGCCAUGUAAACGCCUGGAAAUCCAGCAAUGGGGUAUCAAUCCAGGGGAGGAGGAGAGAGAAAAGAUAUGGGUGGAAAUGCCUUCAAUGGAAAAUAUGCCGUCUGCUCCGGUUGGACUUCGACAUACAACCAGUCCAAGCCCCAUUGAAUUUCGUGAAAUGGGGAAACUGCUGCAAAUGGUGCGACUUCAGACGCCUUCAUUGGCUCCCCAUACUCCCCCCACAGAUCCAAGAACCCAGGCCUCUAUAGCCCAGGUUCAGGAAGAAAAUGAAUUGUUUGAGUCACAGGAAUUGAUCGACGACGGUACAAAGAAGGGUAGUGAUACAUCAGGGCAGGGCUGGGAAGCGGAACGAAAUACUGAAGAAGUCAAAAUUGCUCGUGGACUUGGAAACACCCAGAGCAGCCUCAUUAUGUGGUCGGGCAAUCAAAUCUGGCGGGUCCCCAGGAACCCCUUGACGAUUCAGCUUGACAACAGGAUCCAAAUAGCGCAGAAGAUGGAUGAUUCUGAUAACACCAUGUUACAGCGGGAUGUCAUGAUGGAUAUAAUACAAUCUAUUCAGAGCAUGGAACCUGGGUCCGAAGCGGAAUUCCUUGGCCUAAACUAUGUGAAGCAAAAGGCGAGCCUGUUGCUGUUUGGAGACCUCUUGUUCAUGGACUCGGUGGCUAGAGAUGAGGUAGCGAUUGGAGCUACCGAACAGGCACUUGUGAGUGCAAAUAUUGACCCUCGUGUGGUCUUGCUGCUACUCCCUCUAUUACGGGAAGACGUUCUGCAGGGCCCACAGGGAAUUUGGAUACACGCUGGUCUCGCAGCUGUCACGAAAGAUUAUAUCCAGCGAUCUGAAGAGCAGGAAUUCGAUGCUAGCGAUGGUGUCAUAUUGGACAUGGUUAAGCGCUUCUUGUUCUCGUGGCAACAGAAGAGAGGAUAUCCUAGCAUCACCGAUGAGACAUAUGUCUUUGACAGCGUGGACGCUGCGCUUUUACAUCUACUUCUGGAGCAGGACUCCAAGCUAACAGUCGAACAGCGCCGUUCUUCGUCAACUCGGCUGGAGCUAAACCGGUUGGUCGACAACUGGAAGGGUAAUUUUGAUGGGGCUGUGGUCCUUCUAGAAAACUAUAGCCGACUAUACGUUCUGAGCCGUCUUUACCAGAGCCGAAAGAUGUCAGGGAACGUUCUCAAAACGUGGCGGAGGAUACUCGAUGGUGAGAAAGAUGUUGGGGGUGAGAUUACGCCCCGAGGGGUGGAAGUACAGAUGCGCAAGUACCUUGUCAAAAUCAAGGACGCGCAACUUGUUGAAGAAUACGGUUCAUGGCUUGCGGGUCGUAACCCCGAUCUUGGAGUGCAGGUAUUUGCGGAUAAUACAAGCAGGGUGAAGCUGGAACCGCCAGAUGUCGUUAAUCUACUCAAAGAGCGGGCCCCAAAUGCUGCUCAGGUCUACUUGGAGCACCUAGUUUUCGCAAAGAAUUAUAUCCAAUAUGCAGAUGACCUCAUUUCGUACUACUUGGAUACCGUUCUUUCUGUGCUUCAUUCUUCCCCUGAAGCUCGAGAAUCACUCUCACACUCUUAUUCCACAUAUCGUGCACUUCGGCCGCCAAAACCGACAUAUAUGAAUUUCAUUACAGAAAACGCCCCGCCGGAGCCAUGGUGGCAGUCGAGGAUGCGACUACUCCAGUUGCUCGGCGGUGGAUCCAGCACGCAGUUCACGUCUACGCCAACUCCAUCCCACCUACCAUAUUCCAUCCCUACAGUCCUUGAACGUAUCGAACCGUUCCAGAACGAACUAGUAUCGGAGUGCAUCAUCCUCGAUGGACUCCAGGGCCGUCACCGAGAAGCUCUUCGUCUUCUCACCCAUGGACUAGGCGACUAUGACUCGGCCAUUCGAUACUGUCUCUUCGGAGGACCCCGGCACACCACAGCGGCGGGAUCAACAGCCGAGUUUGCAGAGCCGGCAUACCAAUCCGAACUCUUCAAGCACCUUCUCGACGAAUUUUUGCAAAUCCAGGACCCCUCUGAUCGGAUAGAACGAACAAGCGACCUCCUCGCGCGGUUCGCGUCAUCUUUCGACGUGCGCGACGUUCUCACUCUCGUCCCCGACGACUGGAGCGUGGAUAUCCUCAGCGGAUUCCUCGUACAUGUUUUCCGGACUCUACUUUCGCAGACGAGGGAGACAAGAGUCCAGCGGGCUCUCAGUGCCAGUCUGAAUCUGCGCGUUAGCUCGGAGUAUAUCGACGGGGUUGAGAAGGCCGGUGGCUGGAUUGAGAAUGCUGAUGGUCUGAAACAAUUGAAGGAGAGCGAUGACGAACGACAGCAUACGUCGGCUGAUGGUGGGAGCGAAUUCGGUGAUAUAGUUGAGGCUACUACGGAGUAGUAGACCUGUCGACCAGACAAUAUAGCGUGCAAGCAGUCAUGAUUAUUUAUAUGUUAUCUCCUGUCCUGUACAUGUGUUAUGACCGAUACCUUAAUUGUUCGUUUUAAUACAUUCUGUCUGUACGGC